GAGUCACUGGUCAGCCACAAAGCCUCUUCCUCUUCCUCCUCUUCCUCCUCUCUGGACUCAACAAUGAGACUCUCUCUGCAGAAUGAUGAUGCCUUUUUCUGCAGCCGCUCUCCCAGGCACCGCCAACCUCCUGCUGCCCUGCGCCCAUCAUGCCAUUGGGAGCCCUAGGGGGCCAAUGAGUGUGUGGCGUUGUGAGUGUGUGUGUGUGUGUGUGUGUGUGUGCGUGCGUGCGUGUGUGUGUGUGUUUGUGUGAGAGAGAGAGAGAGAGUGAGGGACUUUGAGAUGUUGUAACCAAAGCUGAGGCCAGUUGACAUCCUCACCCAUGGACUUUGAGGAAAGGAAUUCAAGAAUGUGGACGGGGAGGAGUACCAUGCAGAUAUGUCCACCUUGGCCUCGCCGGCCUCCCAGGGCAGUCCGGACGUCUACAUCCUGCCGCUCACUGAGGUGUCCCUGCCCGUCGCCAAGCAACCUGCUCGAUCAGUCCAACUCCUGAAAUCCACAGAUCUCGGCCGCCACAGUCUUCUCUACCUGAAAGAGAUCGGGAAUGGCUGGUUCGGGAAGGUUCUGCUGGGGGAGGUGAACGCAGGCCUGAAUACCACCGAAGUGGUGGUGAAGGAGCUCAAAGCCAGUGCUAGUGUGCAGAACCAGAUGCAUUUCCUGGAGGAAGCACAGCCUUACCGUGCCCUCCAGCACCCUGCUCUGCUGCAGUGUUUGGCCCAGUGCACUGAGGUCACGCCCUACCUGCUGGUGAUGGAGUUUUGUCCACUGGGGGACGUGAAGGGCUACCUCCGGAGCUGCAGGACUGCAGAAACCAUGACCCCGGAGCCCUUGAUUCUUCAGCGGAUGGCCUGUGACAUUGCCUCAGGACUCUUGCACCUGCACAAACACAACUUCACACACAGUGACCUGGCUUUGAGGAACUGUUUGUUGACUGCUGAUGUCUCAGUGAAGAUUGGUGAUUAUGGCCUGUCCCACACUAAGUACAAGGAUGACUACUAUGUGACAUCAGACCAGAUGUAUGUGCCGCUACGCUGGAUCGCUCCAGAGCUCGUGGAUGAGGUGCACGGAAACCUGCUGGUGGCUGACCAGACCCACCAGAGCAACAUCUGGUCUCUGGGUGUGACUAUCUGGGAGCUGUUUGAGCUGGGCAACCAGCCCUACCGACACUACUCUGACAGACAGGUACUCACCUACGCUGUGAGGGAGCAGCAGCUACGGCUGCCCAGACCGCUGCUCAAAGUGCCCCUGGCUGAGCGCUGGUAUGAGGUGAUGCAGUUCUGCUGGCUCCAGCCUGAUCAGAGACCCAAUGCAGAGGAAGUCCACUUGCUGCUCAGCUACCUGUGUGCCAAGGGAGCCAGCGAGGCAGAAGAGGACUUUGAGAGGCGCUGGAACUCACUGCGUCCCAAUACUGGAUUCAACAGCCACCGUGGUGCCUCUGCAAUGUCACGAGACCACCCCUCAUCGACCUCCUCCUCGUUCCCUCUCCUUGAGCAGUUUUCCGCAGGUGAUGGCUACCACUCAGAGUCCGGGGAUGACAUACUAACAGUCACUGAAACCAGCCAUGGCCUAAACUUUGAGUACAAGUGGGAGCAAGCCAGGGCAGACCGGUCCUAUAGAGCCCCCGACUCCUCUAGUAUCCUGGAUCAGGUCAACCAUCAUUGUCAGGAAGCAUUUUACCCACCAGGGGGCAUUGUGGGAGGCUGCCCUAUGGAGAGCCUCAGCCAUGGAGUUUCUCCUUCUUACUAUCAACCCAAACAUCUACAUGCUCCUGGUGUACUUCCUGUCCUCAGUGCCCAUAGCCCCUCAUUAAGCAGUGAAUACUACAUCCGAAUUGAAGAGCCAGUGGAUUGUAACAUUGAUCCGGAAUAUACCAUGUGCUCCUACAGCCCAGACUAUCAGGGCAGCAGUGGGAGCUUCCUUACUGGGAGUGCAGACUCAGGUGAGUGCAUGGCGUGCCCAUCACAGGCUAAGAGCAGGGGUCCCUAUUGGUCGGCAGACAUCCAUAAAUCAGAUGUGUACGACUCCAAUGAGUCAAGUCCUGCUAUCUCACUGACAAUGGAGCCCCUUUUAGGGCAAGUGUUGGACAGCAGCCCUCUACGACCCUGGGAGUCUAGUCACUAUGUGUCCUACAAAGACAGAGAUGGGGGUUACUACUAUGAACACUCACCGCCUUUGGGAAUAGAUCACUAUCUGAUUGGAGGUGAGCACUCUAGUGAGCACCAUCAGGAGAGCUGGGGGUCAAGGAGCUUGCGUCAAGCCUUGGGUGAGUUGGAGAACCCACUUCGUAUAUCCCCCUCUGUAAACAGUCCACCUAAACAGGCCUACAGAGAUGCAUACCUGGACAAGAGUCAGACCUCCAUCAUAGGAAAGAACGUGACUGGGGGCUACUACGACAUGAUGGGCUCCCUUAGGAAGACUAUGCCCAGCCACACCAGGCACAACAGCCACUCCGUCAGUAUAAACAUGGAGACAGAGGGGGCACUCUUCAUCGGGCACAGAGACAGCGAUUCAGAGGAGGAAGAAGAGGAGGACAUAUUUGUUGAGAGACACACCUGCAACACUUGGCCUUCAAAACACCGGCACAGCAGUGUGGGUCACCACAGACGGGCAAGCCACAGUUGCAGACAGGACGCUUACUCAGAUUUCCACUACACAAUGCCAAGUACAGACAUUGAAGACUCCUGGCCGGAGGAGCACAGCCUGGCCUUCCGUUCUCUACCCAAACCCAUGGAAUAUCUUGAGCCCCACCAGGCCAAAGACAAUAGUGUCUGCCUUAGUCUGAGUAAACACCAUGCAAUGGUGCCUUCAGACAACUGCAACGCCUACAUCUACCUGUGCCAUGAGGGUGAGACUCAGGUGCCAACAUCUGGAGAGUGCUGCCACUCGCACUUUGUUGACCCACUCACUGGCUUGUUAGUCAGAAACAACAGCUAUAGUCACAGCUACAGUCACAGCAACUACAUCAGAGAUAAGAUCAUUGACAUCCCAAGCAAUGAGGAGAUGAUCAAUCUAUCGCCGGCCCCAGGGGGUCCCACUGUGGCCAAACCUACCUUAAUAAAGACCGAGGACUGUGGAGAGCAGUAUGUUGACCUUACAACUAAUGAUACCCCACUGGAGGGCAAGAGAGAAGAUGCAAUCAAAGAUAAUCUAAUCAUGCAAAAACCAGCAGAGCCUAAAACAGAAGAGGUGACGCUAACAAUGACUAAAGCCACUCCACCUCCUGCUGACAACACGCAUGUGAUGGUUACCCUCACAGAUCCACAGUCAGACUUGAGUCACACUGGAGAUAGCGGUGUUGACCGAGGCAGCUCGAGCGUUUGCCUCGCAGAUAUCCUCGACUGCAGUGACGAUGAUGAGGAUGAUGACAUCACAGACGAUAUCACUGAUGUUACCUCAGGCAUUUUCGCCGAUGAGUCCAGCGAGCUGAACGCUUCUCCUGCCUUCAAGUCCCUACAGAAGCAGGUAGGAACUCCUGAUUCCAUGGAUUCCAUGGAUCUACCAUCUGCAGCUGGGUCUUGUGAAGGCUUCAGCCCUGCGUCCUCCCAUCCCUCCAGCUCACCUAAAGCUAUGGACAGUGGCUAUGACACAGAAAAUAAUGAGAGCCCUGAGUUCGUACCCAAAGAGCCUCAUGAACCCCGUGAACAACCUCUGGGAAAGCCUACCCUUGAUACAAGCCUGGAGGAGGAUGAGAUGCUGGAGGAGCAGGUAAUCGAGGCUAAUGUGAUGCCCACAGAGGGUGAACCAUCACUGGGUGAAGAUUUGGCCUUAGAAGCCUCACAGAUAGGUGACCACAUCUUUUUACCGCUAAGUGAUAAGACCCCAUACAGAGACUCUGCUUACUUUUCAGACUAUGAGAAUGAGAGGCAGUCCAGGGAUGAAGGGGAAGAACUAUCACAAAGAGUACAAGAUGAACAAAAUGUUGAAAAGGAACAGCAAAGGGGAGAAAAGAAGGGUGAGAAAAGGAACAAUGAAGAGGAGGAAGAACUUAAGGGCACAGCAGGGGGCAAAGACAUAAAACGUGAUAUGAAAAACGUAUUAACAGGAGGAAGAGAAUCCUCUUCUCUACCAGAGAGAGAAGCAUACUUGACAGAAGAGUGUGGCCAGGAUGAGGAAUUGGGGCUACCUCUGGAGCCCUCUGACACUGCUUCAAUAACAGAGGUAGUACUGGAUGAAUGGCCAUCCCAGGAGGACAGCUCAUCUCUAGGAGACUGGGCAGCAGAGGUGGUGGGGGCCAUGGAAGAAGCCCUUGGUGCCCUGAAUGGAGAUUGUACCUCCAAAGACAAGGUAGAGGAGGAGGAAGCAGAGGUCAUGAAAGACUCUAUUCGAGCAUCAGAAACAACAGAAGAACCAGCGAUCAAGACAGUUCAAAACAGGACAUCAGGGACAUCCAGUGAAAUCCUGCACACUUUACCCAAAGACGAGGUGGCCUUGCAGCACACGGCAAACACCAGACGGUUUUCUUCUUCCUCUCCUCCACCUCCAUCCACCCCUCCCCCUCCGCCUCCUGCAAUGGAGGGCCGAGGGACUCCAGCUGAUGGGGAAGAGGCUGAUGAGGAGGGUGGUGACACGGAUGACAGUGACGAGUCAGACGAGGAGCUGCGAACCUAUAGUGUGCGCGAACAGAGCGGAGGGGAGGAGAGCGAGGACGAGUGCCACCCGGUGCCCAUUGUGGUGAGCGACGACAGCGAAGCCCACAAACUACGCAGCCUCCUCAAGAUGCCAACCCUGCUUACAGCAGAGAGCCUGGAGGAGGAGCUUGAGCGCAAGAAGAAGACUGUGUCUUUUUUUGACGAUGUCACAGUCUAUCUGUUCGAUCAAGAAAGCCCAACUAAAGAGCUGGCUGAGCACGGGUUCCCUUUGGGAGCAGAGGGUCAGAGUUUACGGAACAAAUCCCAAGAGAAGGUUAAUGCCUCAGAUGACUCCUCUGAUGGGAACAUCUCAGAAGAGAGUGCAGGGUAUGAGUGGGAGGAUGACUUUCCUCUGCUUCCUCUACCAACAUCCUCCGUGGCAUCUGACUCCCCUCCUUCCCGCUCCAACUCCAAGGCCCUGGCCACCAAGCCAGCCGUGCAGUACUCCCGCUUCACUGUCUCCCCCUCCAACCUGUCCCGUUUCUCCAUCACUCACAUCUCUGACUCUGAUAUGGACUCAGCAGGAGGAAGCAGCGAGGACGGGGACAAAGAGUAACGUGUCUGGACAUUUACUGCCUCUCUUUGACAACAACUUGGCCUACUAGCAUGACUUCUGAUUUAUUUUUUAACGUCAGGUUUUCGGAACACAAGACAGUGCCUCUUACCGCCUGUGGACACUUCUGAAAAGUCUGUCUUACUACAAUGUAGGACUGACCUAAGCUGUUUAGAAUUCUUCAAAGAGUAUGGUUAAUAUAUAAAAUUUACAAAGUAUUAAUAUAUACUCUAUGUAUGAUGUAAAGAAUCUUUGAAAGCAGGGGGAACUUGUGUAUUGAAUUCUGUAUUUUUUUCAGAUUAAAGAAACAAAAUGGAAGGACAGACCUUUGGAAAGCAUCAUGUUUGCCACUUGUUUCACUUCUUAAUUUAAGCUAGGGUGUAUCGAAGAGGGUGUGGAAUCACCUGGACUUAGAAAUAGGACAGUUAAACUGUUGCGCAAACAACAAACAGAGUAAACUUUUUGGCAAAAGGAUCAGCACUUUGAACAAGACUGUACAGCUCUGCAGACUUUGUACUUUUUUGGAAACUGCUUUACUUGUCUUAAUGAACAUCAAUGCUUGAGGACCCAUGAGGUAUCACAAGUAAUAUAAUGUCAAUAUUUGGGUUUAUUCAGAAGCAAAGAACACCCUAGCAUCAAAGAAGCAAGCGAAGGAAAUUCUAAUGGCUCCUGUCUGGUUACAGAAUGUUUUUUGUGGAAACAGCUGAUCAAACCGGGACAACCUGAUAUUUUGUGACUUUUUCCUCUCUUUUUUGUAUCAGGAUCACUACUGUACUGUUUUACAUGAAUAUGUGGCUCACUUUCUCUACCAAAUUGAGUGCCAGCACCACCAUCACAACCAAACCAUCUUUGUUGUAUAUCAGGCACUACGUUAUCUUUAAAGUAACAAGAAGUGAAGGAAGUAGUUUAAGAUUUAAAGGUUUAGCAGGUUUUUCAAACAUAAUAAUGUAUGGUCUCAAGUAACUAGAAAGCAGUAAAAGAAUUUAUUGCUUAGAGACAAAUUUUUUGUCUUCUGCUUUGGAAUCAAGACAGACACACAUAGUCAUGGAAAUCCAUUUUCAUGUUGCAGGUCCAAAGCAAGUUGGCAGCAAGAGGAGAUAUUCAAUAUUUGGACUGCUACAGAGUUCUCCAACAAUGACAUGGGGCAAUGUAGAUGGAAUCUUCAAAGUACAUGUAAUACUAUCUUGUGGUAAUGAUAUACAGUGGAUCUUUAUAUAGUACAUUCUCUCAACUUCAGUCAAGAAACCAAUAAAACGUCUGGUUUUGGUUAUUCCAGUCAGGUUUGAUACCUGACAAAUCCAGGUACUUAAUCACAUCGAUGCAAAAGUGCAGUAAAUCCAAUAUUGCCAGAAAACAGCAAUGCUGGUUGAUUUGCAACAAAGUCCACAUUGACUAGUAUAAUCAGUGAUAUCAAAGUGAUAGAUACCUUAGUACAGAUAAUUCUUAACGCCCAUCUUGGACGUAUCGUAAGAUCGCCCAACCCUACGGGCCAGUAUAUCAAAUACAUACCUGCCCAACAGUAUUAGAAAAGCUUUGAAGUUGUAAUUUGUCUGCACAGAGGUUAGUCUGAACAAACGUGACUUUGCAUAUGUAAAUCAGCCCAUUAUACAUACAUACUGCCCAGCGUCGGCCCAUUUCUACCAUUUUAUCUGUCUGUUCGAGAAAUGAGAACAAAUGCCUGACUUUACUGUUACUGAGACUGUUGCUGUACAUUGGCUACAAUGAGCUUGUUUGGAGCACUUUUGUACAAUGACUCUGGUUUUAGAGGCUGAACUGUUGGGAAAAAAAAAGUUUGUUGUAAUUAAUUAUAAUUAGGUUUAUUCAUUAAAAAAAAGGAAGAGGUUUGAGCACCACAUUGAAUCAGUAAGAGAAAAACAUUUCAUAUCACUUCAGAGCUUGGAUGAAAUAUUAAAAACUUGCUUUUAGUUCAAUGUUAAGUCUCAUUUGUCUGAAGAGCUGGUUGAAAGGCGAUACAGGGCUGAUGUCAUGAUCAUGAAAUGUUACAAUGCUUUGCUUUCUGUGUGUAAAUGUAGGGAAGUGAAAGGGAAGGUGUCGUUGAGUUUUUGGUUUGGCUGUUGUUUCAAGGCUCUGAAGCCUCAAAGAAGCAGGAUGUCACCUUUCACAACGCACUGUGAUCAACACCUAGUGUCUCCGUUUGCCUUCCAAGGCUUUAUUAUUCUCCAACAGUUAACAGCAAAGACCCCACUAAACGACUGUGUGAUAUUUUUGUAUUUGAACAAAAAUACUUUUAAGAGUACUGAUGUACUGUACCUGUGAAGGAGGGAAAUUAAAAAAAAAAAAAAAAA